CCCUAAUCCCGACAGUGUGUGUACAGUGUGCAUGGGGUGAGAAAUCAAGUAUCUGCAUUACAUGGCUGGAGCUAGCUGACAUGACUGAAGGGGGUGUUUAGAAUGAGAACAUUAUGCUGCAGAUAGCAACAGCAUUGAUCAGCUAAGGAGCAAAUAAGCCUUCCAGAUCCACAUAUACAAACCUACAGGAUCUGGCCACAAAAAGGAGCUUGUUAUCCCAGUCCUACAUCGUGCUUUACAGAACAAUCUGUGAUUUAUUCUUCUUCUUCCUGAAUUUCUGCCUUUGCUUCUCAAAGUCAGGAAGGAUUUGGCUAAUACACAAAGGAUUGCAUUUCCUCCUUUAAAUCUCCAAUCCUUUUGCAUUUUUUUUUUAUUCCUAUGUAUUUCUGCACCCUGUUUUCCUAUGUGGAUAUGCAAGGUAGAAGAAAGAACAGCAUAAUCCCAUCAUGUCCACAGCUUUAACCCAACAGACUAACGGAUCUGUGUCUACAAGCCCAGGGAGAGUAAAAUUUGAAGAUGAGGCCUACAGGAGCCUGCUACUUCUUAAAAAUUAUCCUGAUGACUAUUUUCUAUUUGGGCUAUCAUGCCCAGAAACACCCCAGUAUGGACAUUGCAGUGAUUUUGGUGGGCACCUCAGACGAGGUAGCCAUAAAAGAUGUCCACGAGAAAGAUGACUUCCACCACCUUUCUGUGACACCAAGAGUGGCUCUGGUCACCAUGAAUGAGUCUGAUCCCAAAAGUAUCAUCACAAGAAUAUGUGAUCUUAUGUCUGACAAGAAGGUUCAAGGAGUUGUAUUUGGCGAUGACACUGACCAGGAGGCCAUUGCUCAAAUUUUGGACUUUAUCUCUGCGCAGACACUCACUCCCAUUCUAGGCAUUCAUGGUGGAUCAUCGAUGAUCAUGGCUGACAAGGAGGAAUCAUCCAUGUUCUUCCAGUUUGGACCCUCCAUUGAACAGCAGGCUUCUGUCAUGCUUAACAUCAUGGAGGAAUAUGACUGGUACAUCUUUUCCAUUGUCACCACCUACUUCCCAGGAUACCAAGACUUUGAGAACAAGGUACGGAGCACCAUUGAAAACAGCUUUGUGGGUUGGGAGCUUGAAGAAGUUAUACAUCUGGAUAUGUCUUUAGAUGACAAUGACUCCAAGAUUCAAAACCAGCUAAAGAAACUUCAAAGUCCCGUCAUCUUGCUGUACUGCACAAAAGAAGAAGCCACUUAUAUAUUUGAGGUGGCCAACUCGGUGGGGUUGACGGGAUAUGGUUACACAUGGAUUGUACCGAGCCUGGUGGCAGGAGACACCGACACUGUGCCAGCUGAGUUUCCAACAGGGCUCAUCUCGGUGUCCUAUGAUGAGUGGGACUACGACUUGCCAGCUCGAGUUCGAGACGGGAUUGCUAUCAUCACUACUGCAGCUUCCACCAUGCUGUCUGAGCACAAUUCUAUCCCUCAGUCCAAAAGCGACUGCUACAACAUUCAGGAGAACCGUGUCUAUGAUGCUCAUAUUCUAAACAGAUAUUUGAUCAACGUGACAUUUGAAGGUCGGAAUCUGUCGUUUAGUGAAGAUGGCUACCAGAUGCAUCCAAAACUGGUCAUCAUCCUACUCAAUCAGGAGAGGAAAUGGGAACGGGUGGGAAAGUAUAAGGACCGGAGCCUCCAAAUGAAGUAUUAUGUGUGGCCUGUUUUUGAUCUUUACCCAAAUUCAGAGGAACAUAAGGAUGAACACUUGAGCAUUGUAACGUUGGAGGAAGCACCUUUUGUCAUUGUGGAAGAUGUGGACCCUUUGAGUGGAACCUGUAUGAGGAACACUGUACCCUGCCGGAAGCAGAUACGAAUAGAGAAUCGCACCGAAGAGGGGGGAAACUACAUCAAGAGAUGCUGUAAGGGCUUUUGCAUAGAUAUCCUGAAGAAAAUAGCAAAGACUGUCAAAUUCACCUAUGAUCUAUAUCUGGUGACCAACGGCAAGCAUGGAAAGAAAAUUAAUGGGACAUGGAAUGGAAUGAUUGGAGAGGUUGUUACUAAACGCGCCUACAUGGCUGUUGGAUCCUUAACCAUCAACGAGGAACGUUCAGAAGUGGUGGAUUUUUCUGUUCCUUUCAUAGAAACCGGCAUUAGUGUGAUGGUGUCUAGGAGCAAUGGGACAGUCUCACCCUCUGCAUUUCUUGAACCUUUCAGCGCUGAUGUCUGGGUGAUGAUGUUCGUGAUGCUUCUUAUUGUUUCAGCUGUAGCUGUAUUUGUAUUUGAGUAUUUCAGCCCAGUUGGAUACAACAGGUGCCUUGCAGAUGGUCGAGAGCCUGGUGGACCUUCAUUUACCAUUGGUAAAGCCAUUUGGCUGCUUUGGGGCCUGGUGUUCAAUAAUUCUGUGCCUGUACAAAACCCAAAGGGAACCACAAGUAAGAUUAUGGUAUCAGUUUGGGCCUUCUUUGCUGUCAUCUUCCUGGCCAGUUACACAGCCAACCUCGCUGCCUUCAUGAUCCAAGAGGAGUAUGUGGACCAGGUGUCUGGCCUUAGUGAUAAAAAGUUUCAGAGACCCAAUGACUUUUCCCCAGCAUUCCGGUUUGGCACUGUGCCCAAUGGCAGCACAGAAAGAAACAUUAGGAACAACUACCUCGAGAUGCAUGCUUAUAUGGUGAAGUUUAACCAGAAAUCUGUUCAGGAUGCUCUUCUUUCCCUAAAAACUGGAAAGCUGGAUGCCUUUAUCUAUGAUGCUGCUGUUCUCAACUACAUGGCUGGACGAGAUGAAGGAUGUAAGCUGGUAACCAUUGGAAGUGGGAAAGUAUUUGCAUCUACUGGAUAUGGAAUUGCUAUACAGAAGGACUCGGGAUGGAAAAGGCAGAUCGAUCUGGCAAUUCUACAGCUAUUUGGUGAUGGGGAAAUGGAAGAGCUGGAAGCCCUCUGGCUAACGGGUAUAUGCCACAACGAGAAGAAUGAGGUGAUGAGCAGCCAACUGGACAUCGAUAAUAUGGCAGGAGUUUUCUACAUGCUGGGUGCUGCUAUGGCGCUAAGCCUUAUCACAUUCAUAAUGGAACAUCUCUUCUUCUGGCAGUUUCGCCACUGCUUCAUGGGUGUCUGCUCUGGAAAACCAGGCUUGGUGUUCUCUAUUAGCAGGGGUAUUUACAGCUGUAUUCAUGGUGUUGCAAUAGAAGACAGGCAGUCAACCAUGAAUUCCCCAUCGGCCACUAUGAACAACACCCACUCCAACAUACUACGUCUACUUCGCACUGCUAAGAAUAUGGCCAACCUCUCUGGUGUUAAUGGCUCACCACAAAGCGCAUUGGAUUUCAUUCGGCGGGAAUCCUCAGUGUAUGAUAUUUCAGAACACAGACGAAGCUUCACCCACUCUGACUGUAAAUCGUUUCAGCCAGAGGAGAAUCUUUUUAGUGACUACAUCUCUGAAGUGGAGAGGACCUUUGGUAAUCUUCAACUUAAAGACAGCAAUGUUUACCAAGAUCAUUUCCAUCACCAUAGACCUCACAGUAUAGGGAGCAAUAGCUCUAUUGAUGGGUUGUAUGACUGUGAUAAUGCUCCUUUCACAACGCAGCCCAGAUCUCUGUCCAAGAAACCUCUGGAUAUAGGUUUACCAUCAAAACAUUCAACAACGCAAAUAGGUGACCUGUAUGGUAAAUUUUCCUUCAAAAAUGAUCGUUAUGGUGCUCCUGAUGAUUUAAUUAGGUCUGAUGUUUCUGAUAUAUCUACCCAUACUGUAACCUAUGGCAACAUUGAGGGCAAUGCAAAGCGGAGGAAACAGUAUAAAGAUAGUCUAAAAAAGAGACCAGCAUCUGCUAAAUCACGUCGGGAAUUUGAUGAGAUUGAACUGGCUUAUCGCAGGCGGCCAAGGUCUCCAGAUCACAAGCGCUACUUCAGGGACAAAGAAGGGCUGAGAGAUUUUUAUCUGGACCAGUUUAGGACCAAGGAGAACAACCCCCAUUGGGAGCAUGUGGAUCUAACUGAUAUCUACAAAGAAAGAGGAGACGAUUUCAAGCAUGAAAGCUCGUGCACCAAUAGGCAGCACCAAAAGCAUGCAACAGAGUUUGGACAGAAUGAACGUAAACAUGGCACUGGAGGAAAUGCCUGGGAUAAAAGUUUGGAGUGGGACGAAAGAGCUCCCACCAACUUCUGCCGUAAUUGCCCUUCAAAGAUGCACAACUAUUCAGGGCAGAAUACUAAUCGUCCUGCUUGUAUUCGUUGUGAAGUCUGCAAAAAAGCAGGAAAUCUUUAUGACAUCAGCGAGGACAACUCUCUGCAGGAUUUGGAUGCUCGACCAAUUUCAGCAGCUAACUCAAAGUAUCCACAAAGCCCAUCCAAUGGCAAGGCACAGAAGCGAAACCGAAGCAAACUCCACCGCCAGCAUUCCUAUGACACUUUUGUGGAUCUUCAAAAAGAAGAUGUCACUUUGGCUCCUCGUAGUGUAAGCUUGAAAGAUAAAGAACGCUUUUUGGAUGGUAGCCCCUAUGCCCACAUGUUUGAAAUGCCCAAUGAGUCCUCCUUCGCUAACAAGUCCCAUGGUUCAACACACAACCCUGGAGGUUAUAUGCUAAGCCGAUCCCUGUAUCCAGACCGGGUCACUCAAAACCCAUUUAUUCCCACAUUUGGGGAUGACCAGUGUCUGCUACAUGGGAGCAAGCCCUACUAUUUUAGGCAGCCUGCCAUCGGUGGCUUGAAGGGAAGGUCGGACUUCCGAGCAUCUGGUAAAUCACUCACUGCUCUACAUACAGCUCCUCCAGGACGUUUCCAAAAAGACAUUUGUAUAGGGAACCAACCCAAUGCCUGCGUUUCAAACAAUAAGAACCCCAGAUCUUUCAACAACUCUACCAAUGGCCAUGUGUAUGAGAAGUUGUCCAGCAUUGAAUCUGACGUCUGAGAGGGGGAGGUGGGCUGGGACCUAAAUUCUCCCCUUCCCAAUCCCCAAAGUUAUUCUCUUACAGUGAAGCAGGACGGGGGUGUUCCUGGGUGCUGUUGGAGCAGAAUACAUGAGAUGCAGCCUUUCUAUACCCAUCAUCUUUCUUCUCUUCCUGGGGCCAUCUCGUAUUUCUAACCAUGUGGAGUUCAUAUACCAGCCUGGAGAAGCACCAAGCUGACAUCAGAGGAGGGGGUGGGAUUCUUUGUUUUUAUUUACUAAAGACAUGGGUAAAUGGGUUGAGCUUUGUAAGUGAGGGAGGAAAUAAUUGGUAAAGACAUUGUCAAGAGUUUUCUUCCGAAAUAAUGACACGAAGAUCUGGAAGAACACGUAGCACCAGGGGCUCAUAGGUGAAGCAUGAAAAAAAGGUGAUGCGGGGAAGGUUUUAGAAAUGGGGAAAUGCAAGAGGGUAUUGCUUACAUUAUAGGAAGCUUCCAUGAAAACCUCUAGCUUGUUACAGAAGUGGAUACAGGGCAGCUUAUCUAGAUAACCCCAUGAAUCUUAAUAAUGGCUGCAGACAGAAUAACUGGGAACUGCCCAAGUGAGUGCUAGAGUGUGUCUGUGUGGAAAUUGUCCAAAGACACUGGCUGAUGGAAGUGCAUGAUACGAGUUGAAAGAUCUCUAUUUGUCCAUCCAUCCACCUCAAAUGCAUUCCUAUUUCAUCUGCAACAAACCCAUUUGUUUUUAUUCAGGCUGCCCUUUCAGUCUAAAUAUUCUCCAAAAUGACUAGGAACAAAAUAAAUCACUACAUUUAAAAAAAAAGUUCACAAAUGAGACAGCUAAUCUGGCUUAAAACAAAAGAAAAUCACUAUUAUGUACAUUAAGAAAUAAAUUGUGAUGAUAGCUCAGGAACACCAACAUAAUAUUGUCCAAUGUAAAUAUCAAUAAUUUCCUCAAUUUUUUCAGUCCAUAAUAAAUUUGGAGAAAUAUAGAAGUAUAGUGUUAGAAUCACUUCUUUUUAGAAUUUGUUUUUAUAUUUUUUGGCUGUGCGUUUUUUUUUCAUUCUGCUCUUCUACUUAUUGCAUGCUAUACACAGCCAAAGGUGUUUUUAUUUAAAAUAAUCAUUUUGAGAAAUGUAUUUAUAUGGACAUCAAGACAAUGAGUUUGAAGAAUCAAUUCUAGAUCCAAGGGCUUCCUAGCAUGGCACUUUCUGUAUUCAGAUAGUACCAAUCUGGGUUAAGUAGUUAUUGCUUUCCUUCAUAAUGAAGGAACAAUCUUUAGCCAUCUUCAGCCUAAAGCUUUUUUACGCAAGCUCUUUUUAACCACACCAUCACAUCUCACUAAAUAUGCUUUUGCUUUAAAGUUCAGCUGAGUAAUAAUUGAGAUAAAAGAUAAGGAAGCCUAAAGUGUACCAUGUUACCAUCUCCAUUUUUUUUCAUGAGCUGUCCAACAAGACAUCUAGAAUUACACAUAUGCAGUGUUUGGUCAAUUGUAGAAUAAAACAUUUGAAAGUAAGCAAUAUUCAAGUUUAAACUGAAUGAAAGAAAUCAAAAAUGAUGGUACCAACAAUACUGAUGAAAUUGUAAAGAUGUCACUGGCACUCGGAGGGCUAAUAUUCAUAUGAUGUACACUUUAGUUAUGCAGAUGAAAUGUGUAAUAUAUAUUGUUCACAUAGGUAUUUGUAUUUUGUAUAAAUGAGCAUAAUAUUUUACAAAAUCAUUGGAUGGACACCGGAAAGAAUGCUUUGUAUGUGGACGGAAUACAUUUUGUGGUUGAGUGUGGUGAAAGCAAAUGUUUGAGGGCAGCAUCCUAGCACAAAACAAGACCAUUUGGGCAUUAAUCUUCACUUCUAGGUGACACAUGGUUAUAGUAGGAGAAAAUGGGAAGCGUCAACCUAGCCUCCAAUUAGUCCUUCCAUCACGUUAAAUGUGAGGGGAGAGAAAUCAGGGUGCCGCUUCAGUCAUCAGAAACACGGGACGGGUCCAAACCGCCCACUGUUAAUUUAUUUAGUAUUGUAAAUAGGUGGUCGAGAUUUUUUUUUAAAUAGACUUUUCAAUGAAUUUGUAGUGACACAGAGGGAGAAGGUUGUGUCCUGCCCCAAGACACCCAUUCCUAGAGGUUUCAAGGCUCUGUAUCCCUGUGCCAUUUACCAGAGCCAUUGGAUCGUACUUAUCUAGGAUCCCUGGCUCCGGUUCUUUUUCUUAUUAUUUUCUUUUUCUUCAUGUGCCAAUUGACAGAGCUCAGUCAUGGAGGUGUGAUGCUCUUCUUUGUGCCAAUUCCUUGAGUCAUCUGAUAUCAGGCUCCAACUAAAUGUGCCAAAAUACUGAAGCCACCUUAGAAAUAGAGACUCAGAUUGACUGAUACCCUUAUUUUAUAGCCUACAGGUCUAUGAAGCCAUCCAACCAUUACGUGCAACUGCCAUCAUCUUUGUGCCAAUUUUUUAAGUGGUGUUAAAUGAAUAACAGAGCACAAUUUAAGCCUUUACCAGCUGGACAGUUCCACAGCUGACUGCUUGAUAGGACUGAACAUGGAGAAUAAUGUUUUGAGAAAACCAUGCUUCAGACAGGGCUCAGAAUGUUAAGAAAUAUUCUACUAGACAGGCUUACAAGUUACUUGCCACUGCAAGUCUAUAAGGAUCAUGACAAACUCACCAGGGGCACAUUUCUACUCAUCAGUGCUUAUUUUAUACUUGCCAAUGGCUAGUGAGUGGGUGAAAAUUUUGAGUCCUGCUUUAAACCAUGGUUGAAUCACACUUUGAGGCAUAUGUAUCAAAGCCUAUAUUCAAUUUUAUUGCAGUCCAUUUGUAUAAUUUCUCACAAGUGCUAGAAUUGCUGUAUGAAACAUAGUAUUUAUAAUUGCAUUUGCUGUUGCUCUCUUGCGAGACUAAGGCAGUACAUUAAACUAAAUCCAGAUAAUUACAGAUUACUUUUUAUCGUCUCCUAACCCAACCCAAUAACCACAGCAUGUUCUGGUUUUUCUUCCCUCUAGUGAAUGUAGUACCAAUUGUAGUGCCAUAUAUAAAUUAUACCUUCAUAUAAAACCAGGAAGCCUACAAAGAUGCAUAUGGAUACACACAGCCUUGCAAAUAUUUUAGAUUUGCUGCCUUGGUUUCUGGUGGUUCCCUUAGCAAUUUAUUGCUAUUCUAAAUAUAAUUUUGAGUACAGCACAGGUUAAGAUUUGGCCUUACACAGAUGUUUCUUAUGUUGGCACUUUUUGUGGUAUCAUUAAUUAUUACAGUUGUAGUGACAGGAACAGCUACAGAAAUGUAAAAAGAAACCCCUACUGAUUGAUGUGAAUUCUAAAAUAUACUAAAAUGUAAUCCCCAUACAGCAUAAUGUAAAUAAAAUGCAUGCCCUGAGCAUAGCAGUUCUUUAUGACCAUUUUGCAAAACACCCAAAAUGCCAUCCAGAUAUGCAAAUAAACACAGACAGCCUUGUAAACUUAGAUUUCGUAUCUGUUACUGGUCAAGGUCCAUAAAUAGGUGACUGUCCUAUUUGCAUGGAUUUUAGAUUGUUUCGUGGAAACAAUCCUUAGGAGCUGCUAUGUGUCUGUCUGUCUAUCUAUGUGUACCUACCUUUGUUAAUGUCAGCUCUGGACCCCAACUAGUAAAUCCUUUAAAAUCUCUCAACACGUUGUCCGCAGAAAACAAAAUACUAGAAAUAUACUAAGGUAUGAUAAAUAGGACAACAUAACCCUACCAAUAUUAUUUUACUGACCAGGUGGAUUUGGUGGAUCUCGCUGUGUAAAAUCAAUGGAGUAAAAGAGAACAUGAGAGUGUUUUCCAAUGUUGAUGGCAAUCCUACACAUAUACAUCAUUAUUUUUCAAGUACAUUUUAGGAGUACAUGCAUUCCAUUUUAUGGAAUAUUAAAUGUUAUAUUGUAUUUUCUGAUCACCUGUUUUUUUUAAAAUUUCAUGAUUAUUUAUAGAAAGAUUUUGCUCAGUAAUUAGGCAACAGAUGCAAUUUGCUCAGUUGUUUCUGUGUGGAUUUAAAGGGACAGUCAAAUUAAAUGCACAGCAUUUACUUUGAUGGGAGAGCCAGUGGUAUCCUGGAGGAAAUUCUGACUAUCUUGAUACCAGCAAAUAUGUGGAAAAGAAAAUUUGUAAAUCUGUGGAACCACAAACCACAAAGUUUUCUUUUAAAAAUUCCGGCAAAUCCAGAAAAAUCAUUCAGAACAUGAGUUUGCUUUAGAAAGCAGAUCAUACAAAUAUAUAACAAGCAUUCUGCGAACACCACUCUAUAAUAUAAUACAUAAAUAUAAAAGUAUACAUGUUAUGCUUUAGCAAAAUUUAGCACACCCAUCGCACUAUUAUUUGUCCAUAAGAACAGAUCACAAAACAUUUGGUUGUCAUGACAUUAUUAUGGCAGUAUUCCAAUGAUGUAAUGUUUAUUAAACACCGCCCAUGCACUCUAUAGCUAGACGUGUGAGGCACAGGAAAAAGACUAGAUGUAUCUCGUUUCCAUGUGUAGAUAAUGAAAAGCGACCUUUUCGAGGUGCCCUAAACCAAUGGACGUUAGUGAUUCCUCUAUGCCAUAAGUAUCUACUAAUAGAGAAAUUAACCCAAAUAGGUAAUUUAUUAUUACCUUUCCUGCUGAUUAUAUACAAACAAAACGUGUUCUUCUGUCAGUGGGUUACAAUUACAUCACUAAAAUCUAUUUGAGUGUUAUAUUAUUAAUUUCAAAUAUUAGAGGGGAGACAAAUAAAGUCAUUGCUAUAAUUCAAACAGUUCAUUGUCAUAAACAACCUUUUACUGCAAAUUUUAAUGAAGAGUGGAAUGUGCAAUUACACAUUCUCUGCAUGUAUCUAUAUGUAAUCAUGUAUCCAAAGGAUAAUUACAGCAGCCACAAUAUAAUUGCAGUGUCAGUCGUCUGUCUCAACCUGCCUAAUAAUAUCAAUUGGCAGCCUUUGAAAACAUUUCAACAUAAUUAUUAUUAUUUAUUAGUCACGAACAUAUUCCGCAGUGUAGUUCAAUGGGUGGACAAACAAACUAGCAAUUCCAGCAGGACAAUUUGGAUGUGAUGGGCCAUUGACAUUGGGCUGUAAUGAGUCAAACAAUGAACUAUCAGUGAGUUGUUUUUACACAAUUUAGACACAAUGUAAAGUAUAAAUCCACACAUUAGCCAAGUUGGAAUAUUUUUCCAAUUUUACAUUUUUUAUACUCUAAAUUUUAAAAGUUGAUUCUCAGUUAACCAUAGCAAUACAAUUAAGUGAAUAGACGUCUGAGACCGAAAUAAACUGCUAUUCAAAAUAGGUGGAGGAUAUACCAUAAUGUUCAAUACUACACAACAGAAAGAUAAACAACAACAAUAAGUGUACACCAAACACUAUGGAUGUGUAGAAGAGUCACUUUUUUCCCUAGAAAAUGAGUAAAUUACAUCUUGAUGGUUCUCUUUCUAAAUAUCAGAGGGAAAAUGAAAAUAUAGACCCCCCUCCCCCCAAAAAAAGUUGACAUGCCUGUUUCCAAGGUAGCAGCCAGGAUUAAUUGAAAAGGUGGAUAUAUUCCCCUUAAAGAAUGAGUGAAGCUCUUUGAUGUUCCUCAUUGACUCUGUCUUCAACUUAUGGUAACUUAUGGUAGUUGCAUCAGUGGCGUACUCUCACAUAUAGCAAGAGUACAAAACAGAGGGCUGUGGAUUAUCCCACAAGACCACAAGUUCAGUUAUAGAUAAUCUCAUGUGAACUUAAUAGGAUACUGUAGGCAUCUACUGCACAUUGUAGAAGAUGCCUGUUCCCUAUUAGCUUUUUGUAAUAUGUGUGGAACUGCACUCACUCCCAUCAAUCCGAGCCAGGGUGCUUGUUGUACCAGGGUCAAACACCAAAUUCCCAAUAUAGUAGAGUAAAACGAAAGCGGUCCAGGCACUCCUUGGUUCAA